GCUGGGCGCCGGAAGAGGGCGGGCGCAAGAUGGCGGCGCCCACGGGUGCUGGGAGUAGCGGCUCAUGUCCGGGAACGGAGCGGUGUGGGGGCGCGUGCGGGGCCGCCUCCGCGCCUUCCCCGGGCGCCUAGCGGCCUGCGGGGCCGAGGCCGCGGCCUACGGCAGGUGCGUGCAGGCGUCCACGGCCCCGGGCGGCCGCCUGGCGAAGGACCUCUGUGCGCCGGAGUUCGAGGCUCUGCGGCGCUGCUUCGCCGCCGCGGUAGGCCAAAAAGACCCUGAGGGGAGGCCUUUAGGAUGGACGAGCGAGCACUGCACUUGUUUACUGCCCCAGGGAGCAGAGCCGGGCGCCUGGUGCUGACGGCCACCAAGGGCAAACGUCCAAAACGUCUGACACUUUUAGAGCUAGAAGGACUGCAGGCGCGUCAGGGAAGUGGUGGGCGAGCGGGCGUGGGUUUUUCUGCCUCGUGUGUGAGGCUUUGGGUUAGAGUAAGAUCCUGACGCGAUAAUAAAGACCACGGCAGACCAUGUGA